CAAUAACUCAUUGUGCCCAUACAUGAUGCCGCCUUACCUACAGCACCAGCGUCACCCCCAGAGCUCCUCACUGACACUGGGCACCCCUCUCCCCCCAUGACCUGACAUGUGCGCUCCCGGGGCUGUCGCUGUAGACGCCGGUUCCUGGCAGACUGCAUCAUUUUGCAGCCUGCAGAGGGGGGGUUAUCAGGUGGAAAGUUCACACUGCAGAAGAGAUGGCGCUGCCUCCUCCUUGGUGUGCCCGGCUAUGAAUAAGCAGAAAAGCCCGGGCAGUGUAUAGGGGGUGCAGCACAUCCAGGGGGCUGCUGUGGGCAUGGUGGGGCAGGCUUCUGCGCCUGUGCUUGGCAUGAUGCUGCAGAUCUGAUACCCACAGCCUCCAUCUCUGCUCAUCCCCCUUCCUCUCUCCCCUCCCCACCCAUCUGUCCAUCCAGUCUGACUCCCAGCACAAGGGACUAUGGCUGCUGAGGAGGUGCUGCAGACUGUGGAGGAUUACAAGGCUGAGAUUGAGAGACUGACCAAGGAGCUGAGUGAGACCACCCAGGAGAAGAUCCAGGCUGCAGAGUAUGGGCUGGUGGUCCUGGAGGAGAAGCUGGCCCUGAAGCAGCAGUAUGAUGAGCUGGAGGCUGAGUAUGACACCCUCAGGCAGGAGCUGGAGCAACUCAAGGAGGCCUUUGGACAAUCCUUUACCGUCCACCGCAAAGUUGCAGAAGAUGGCGAGACCCGUGAGGAGACUUUACUGCAGGAGUCGGCGUCCAAGGAAGAGUAUUACUUGGGUAGAAUACUGGAAAUGCAGAACGACAUGAGGCAGAGCCGAACCAUGAUCACCAAUGUUCAAGGAGAGAACGAGCGACUCAAUGUCCUUGUCCAGGACUUGAAGGAGACAAAUGAGAUUUUGGAGCUGCAGAGGAUUAGGAUGAAGGAAGAGAUCCGAGAGUAUAAGUUCCGAGAGUCCAGACUCCUUCAGGACUACACCGAGCUGGAAGAAGAGAACAUUACUUUACAGAAACUAGUGUCUACAUUAAAGCAAAACCAGGUGGAGUACGAAGGCCUGAAGCAUGAGAUCAAGCGAUUUGAGGAGGAGACGGUGCUGCUGAACAGUCAGCUGGAGGACGCCAUCCGACUGAAGGAGAUCGCCGAGCAUCAGCUGGAAGAAGCCCUGGACACCUUAAAAAAUGAGAGGGAACAGAAAAAUAAUCUCCGAAAAGAACUGUCCCAAUACAUUAAUAUCAAUGACAGCAUGUACAAUAACCACAUUAAUAUUGCGGUGGACGGGCUGAAAUUCUCCGAGGACGGGGAGUCCAACAAUGAGGACAAGAUGAACGGCCACAUCCACCCCCCUCUUGUUAAGAUGAAUGGGGACUAUCGGACUCAGGCAGUUCGGAAAGGGGAGUCGCUGCAUCCCGUCUCCGAUCUUUUUAGCGAGCUGAACAUUUCGGAAAUGCAGAAACUCAAACAGCAGCUUAUCCAGGUGGAGCGAGAGAAGGCAAUUCUGUUAACCAACCUGCAAGAGUCACAGACUCAGCUGGAACAUACAAAAGGAGCCUUAACCGAACAACACGAGCGGGUCCAUAGACUUACAGAACAUGUCAACACAAUAAGGAGGCUUCACAGUGGCAAAGAGUUGGAUUUUGAUAAAGCAAAAGUUUUGGGGGAGGAGACCCAUGACUAUGAAGUAGAUAUCAAUGGAUUGGAGAUCUUGGAGUGCAAAUAUAAAGUAGCUGUGACUGAGGUGAUAGACCUCAAAGCUGAGCUCAAAGCCUUAAAAGAAAAAAACAAUAAACAUAUAGAGAGCUACACGGAGGAGAAGUCAAAGUUGGACUCGAGAAUCCAGAUGUACAAUGAACAAGUAACAAGUCUUGAGAGGGCGAGUAAGGAGAGUGGGGAAAAACUACUUCUUAUGGAGAAGGAACUUCAUAUCAUGACUGCUAUUGCAAAUGAAACCCAUAAUACCCUUAAUACUGCUCAAGAUGAGCUAGUGACUUUUAGUGAAGAACUAGCGCAACUCUACCACCAUGUUUGUCUAUGUAACAAUGAAACACCAAAUAGAGUUAUGUUGGACUAUUAUAGGCAAAGUAAGGGGACUCGUAGUGGAAGCUUAAAAGGUCCUGAAGACCCUCGAGGACUUCUCUCACCAAGGCUAGCUAGGAGAGGUAUAGCUUCUCCAGUCGAGGCAAGAAGUCCAUGUGAACCAGUACCAAAAGAUAGCAUAGAAUCCAGCAAAGAACCAAUCCCUCAAAAGUCUGCUACUGUAUCCCCCGUCAUCACUGCCCCCCCAUCCUCCCCUGUGUCUGACUCUAGCGAUAUUCGUAAAGAGCCAAUGAACAUCUACAACCUCAAUGCCAUUAUCAGGGAUCAAAUGAAACACUUGCAGAAGGCUGUGGACAGGUCCUUACAGCUGUCACGUCAGCGAGCCGCAGCCAGGGAACUAGUGCCCAUGAUUGAUAAAGACAAAGAAGCCUUAAUGGAGGAGAUUCUCAAACUGAAGUCUCUGCUUAGUACCAAACGAGAGCAAAUAGCAACCCUUAGAGCCGUAUUAAAAGCAAAUAAACAGACUGCAGAAGUUGCACUUGCAAACCUUAAGAACAAGUAUGAAAACGAGAAGACAAUGGUGACAGAAACCAUGAUGAAACUACGGAAUGAACUGAAAGCGUUAAAAGAGGACGCUGCCACCUUCUCAUCACUAAGGGCCAUGUUUGCCACCAGAUGCGACGAGUAUGUGACACAACUAGAUGAAAUGCAGAGGCAGCUGGCAGCAGCAGAGGAUGAGAAGAAGACUCUGAAUUCUCUGUUGAGGAUGGCAAUCCAGCAAAAGCUAGCGCUCACUCAAAGGUUGGAAGAUCUAGAGUUUGACCACGAGCAAUCUUGGCGUACCAAAGGCAAGACGGGAAAAAACAAGAUCGGAAGCCCCAAACAGUUCCCAGCUCCAGUUGCAAGAAACCCGCUUCACACGUAUUGCACCAGGUUCCCAUAUCAAGCAACGCACGACAGGCCACCACUCAGGGUCCCAGCAGGAACUUCCUCAUCAGCCAACUCCAGCCCAGAAAAGCCUUCUGCACUUCUCUUCCACCAGCUGUCAGCUUCGAGGAGCACAGGGCAACUUAAUACACAAUGCUAUUCUCCGCUGCAGGCAUCCAGCCAAAGUUUUACACACAGUCUGGAAUCUUCUAGCUCCCGACUACAGAAAAACCGCUUCAGUUUUACAGCUUCAUCAUCAUCGUCAUCACCACCACCCAGCACCAGAGACCCUCACUCUUUAACUUCCACAGCAAUGUGUUCCAGGCAAAAAGAUUGUCAGCAGCCUGCUGCCUCACCGCCACUCUACUCACAACUAACCCGGCGGCUAGACUGCCCGACCACCAGUCCUAAUUUAGCACUCCAAGGAGAGAGAACACAUUCCAACCCACAGUGCACCCCUCUCUACUGUCUCUCCAAAACACCCCCUAACCUGUAGACUUCAAAAAAGAUGCUAAAAUGGGAAAGUAGAACUUUGGUCGCAAUCACAAGCCUGGUGAAACCAGAAGUAUGGACUUAUACUGUUUCGCUAUCCAGACUUAUGUCAAGAUACAGAGAAGCACAGAAGGAACAUAGUUUUACCGGAAGACCAUUCUUUGGUGACCUUUAUCACAGCAGAUGCUGAUGACAUGGAAAGUAUGCAGAUAAAGGACUGUUCCUUAAACUCAUCAGUGUUCCAGGAUACUAAAGACAAUAUAUAAAGCCGCGUUGGACGUAAUUCUUCACUUUUCAUAGGCGGUCAUAAGGUUGAUUUUUUUAUUUGUUGUUAAGAGCAUGCUAUUUAUUUUUUUUAUAUGAUUUUGCACCCUUUACUGUGAUCUACAUACUUUAGGACAAAACUAUUCUUUGGGACAUUGUAUGGUUAGUCUAAUGCAAAGCAUUUUGGAUUUCUAUGGAAUAUAGGGUAAGGUAGCCGUAAUUAUGGGAUGUUGUAGUGUUUGGGUGGCUUAAAACAUGGGCAACCGCAUCACAUGAGACGAGGAGCUCAACAUCAGGCAAAGGUUUGUUCAGUUGGUUACAAGAAUGACAAGACUUUCUUAAAGCGUACCUAUCGAAGAAAUAUCUUACAUGGGGAAGGUGGCAUCUCACCUACCUUCCAGUAGAUUGUAGUUCAGGUAAUUGUUAGGAAACCUCUGUUAUUACUAUAAAAAUGCAUCCAAUGUAAAGAAGUGGAGGGGACAGGAGGGGGGAUGUAGACAGAGUGUUUGAGGGGAGGAAGAGUAAUAACUAGGGAGAGACAUUUCUGCUCAUAGCACGUGCCUGAAUAUGACACCAGAAAGACUCCAUCAAAGAGAGAACAUUUACACCUACAACUGCCCAAGAGUAGGAGAUUGCAUUUUUUUUUUUGUAUCGGUAAGUACGCUUUAAAUAUUAGUGAGUCUACUCCUUCCAUAUACUUGUGUAUUUGAAGAUAAGGUGGGUAACACACCCAGUGAGAACAAUGAGUUUAAAAGCAUGUACAAGCCUAAAAAUGACCAUUGCCUAGAAGUUCUAAAAUCCCCCUCAAGGGGAGGUAUCGCCUCUUAUGCUAUGUCUAGAUUAUAUCUACUUGAGAAAUUAAUAAUGAAACAACAUGGGUUGUGGGUGUUUUUUUUUUCCGAAUGUUACCGCAAUAUCAAUGAAAGUUUUUGAAACUGCAAUACCUCCUUUCACCACCAUGCGGUGACCACCACCUUCCAUAGAGACCAAUACAACAGAACCACCAGCUCUGAGAUCUUACCCUCUUAUAUUUGAAAUGUGGUAACUUUGGAAAGGAAAAUCUUCUAGAACCUGGUGGACCACACGCGUUAUCUACAAGCAGCAUUCUACAUCAUGGGUUAUUCUGAAUUUCGGUGCUUUGGUGCCUUAAAGGAUUAUUUUCAUGGCUAAACCAGUUACACUGACUAACUAUCAUUGAAUGAUUCUGUCAAUUUUUCUGGAUUGAUUGAUUGGGUUGGAUCUCUUCUCCUCAGCGGUCAUUCAUCUUAAGGUUUUCCUUGCUCUCGAGGAGUUAGGUAGAAGUUUAGAUUUAUUUUUAAAUCAAUAGGUAUAUACUUGGCCAAUGGUCUUCAUUACUAAUAAUAGCUUGCACAAAUUGUGUUUGAGGUGGAUUGGAUUGUCGAUGACACCAUGUUCUCUCCAUGCACUGAUAUGUUUAUGCACUUGACCCUUUUUUAAUUCUGUAAGGUUGUUAUUGCUACUUAUAUAGUUUUAACUUAAAAUUCCAUCACUCGUAUGGUAUAGCACUCAUUGACUAUGGAUUCUGUAUUUGAAGGUCCUUUCCAGGUGGCCUCUAACUCUCUGUGGCCUAGACUUAUGCAAUGGGUUUACUUGAUUGACUUUCUUAGUGAUACUGAGAAUAGGGGCUUCUGACUUUUUAAAAUGGCUGUCCCAUUCAGGAAAUUGAAAGCCAUGUUCUGGAUCAGGAGAUGUGCUUCUGAGACCAUCAAGACUCACUAUAUUCUGUCGUUUGAGAUUAAACAGAUAAAGGUCUGCUCUUCCUUUUUCAAAAACUGUUGGCUGUGUCUGGUACUGCAGCUCAGCCCCAUUCAUGUGAAUGUAAUAUCAAACAGAGCCUAUGAGUGGCAGACCAUAUUACUAAUAUACUUUAAGGCAUUGAUCAUUUGUUAAAGGGGAAUUCCAUCUAAAUUCAUUGUCCAACAUACAAGUUGACAAUUGUUAUGAGCCAUGAUUGGUGCUCCCAAUGAAUUUCUGAACAAAGGGACUAUGCACAGAUGUAAUAUGAAACUCCUUGGUCCAAAUACAAUGUGUAAUUUUUACUACUGGAAUCUUUUUAUGGGGUAAAAGACCUUUGGGCUCCUCUUGCACCAGUGCCUGGGUAUAGCUGCUACCUCUGCUCCCCUUCCUUCCCAAGGACUGAGGUUUUAUACAGUACUUAGCCAGCGCUUAGGCAUUUUGUAGAGGCCUAUUUCUUUGAGAAUUUUGUGUAGUCAGUAUGACUUGCAAGGAAAUCAGUUAUGGUGCAAUUCCCCUUUAACUUAUGUAGAAGAAUGAGUUGACAUUGACGUUUUGCAAUCUUGUGUUUGCCAAUUUUUGAAAUAUAAGUUUCUUUUGGUGGCUGGAAAAAAAAAGUUUAUAUAAACAGGGUGAAUGAUCAAUGCUCGUGACAUUUGAAGAUAUGUGUCAAUGUUAUGAAGUCUCAUUUUCAGCUAUGCAAAACUUUCCAGAGCUAAAGAGCCUUUUGUGCUGCAUUAGGUAACAUUGAAUUUUGAAGCCAUCGGUACCAACUAUAGACCUAAAACUUUUACAUAGCUCUAUGGGAUUUUCAUCAUAAAAUUGCAGAUGUCUCAGUUACCAACAACAUACAGACAACCAUAUUGUAUAGUGACCCAAUAUUCUAUUUUACCUAAACAUGAAAGAAUCAUGAUGGGUCAACAGGCUGUCCACUGCGGCCAAAUUGGGAAGGACCCCCACAUUUAUAAGCCACUAGGAAGACUUGAAACAGCCAUAUAUUACAUAGUUGCCAUUUUACUUGAGUUUCUGGCCCAGUAUGCAAUCAUUACAGGUCUUUUUUCCUUUGAGAAUAUUGUCUUCUGUUCUCUAAAAUCACAAAAAAGUCAAUGUGGUAACAAAGCCUCAGGCUGCUAAAAUGGGACGACAAUUUUACCAAAAUUGUGAUUCUAAAAAUGUAAAAAAAAAAAUUAUUGAUGCAGUAUUUUUUUCCAGCCCAAAGUGGUAAAUUUAUACGCAGAUUCAUUACCAUAAGGAUCAUACAGUUUGUGCAUUGAUAUGCGGUUUGUAGUUAGAGUAUUGGAUAAACAUGUAAGUCUUCGAAAGGAAAAAUCUUUUGCUCACUAUCCUAAAUUUCAAAAGUAACAAUAACAAAUGUGGAACAUAAUUUUAAUUAUUAUUUUUCUAUUAUUAUUUAUAAGUUAUUACUAAUAGGUAACAUUUAAUUUAUUUAUUCAUUUACAUUUAUAUAUUUCAUUUUAAUUAAUUAAUUUAAUUUUUAAGUUCCUUCUAAUCUUAUAUGAUAAUUUUAUUUUAGUUUUAUGAAACCUUAACUGAAUUUACAAAAAAAAAAAUAUAUAAUAUAAAGUAUCUUUUCUCUUUAUUUUAUUAAAAAAAUUAUACGUCCAGUAUACUUGGUUACUGGAAUUUUUUUUUUAGUUUAUCUUUUAUUGUUUUUCCCAUUCUAAAGAAAUUUUAGAAUCGAUAGGUGAGAAAUUGUCAAGUAUUUUCAGAAUUUUAAUAAUUUCUGUCAAAUUUAUAUUUCAGUUCCAUUGUAAGUAUUUUUUUAAGUGUUAUUUCAUCAAAUUUUUUGCUUUUUAUGGCCAUUUUUAAAAGAGACCAACAGAUUUUUUGUUUAUUUUGUUUUCUGGAUGUUACAAUUUCGAUAUUCAUGUUAUUAAACCAACAGUAUUUCACUUUUCAAUUGUGUCAUUAUGAGUUGUAGAAAAUAUUUUUUGCUUUUAUACCCAGAAUACCUCACUUAAUUUUAAUGCUAUUACAGUAUUCAUUUGUCACCAUACUAUUUGGAUAUGUAUAAAUUGUUUUAUGUCAUCUCUUCUUUUUACAGAAAGUUUAAAAAAAACACAAUAGUAAAUGAAUUUGUCAUGUUCACUCAAUAUUAUUUUUCUUUUUCAUUGUUUGGUACUUUUUUUUUCUUUAUUCCUUUGUUAAAAUUGAUCUUUCCACUAUUUGUAUGGUGCGGCACGGAGUCAAAUUUUGGGUACAAAUGAAUUGGAAUGUUAAAUGAAUAAAAAUU